AUCGUUUUUGUGUCGCAUUUAGUUACAAGGAAAAAACGCUGGAAAAUGAAUUAAACUGUCAGCUUACCAACACAACUGAGCAUAAAUUCAACGAACGCCACGAAAAAAGGGAAGAACAAGUGUGGACGUUUCACGAAGCUAAAGUUGAUCGGAGUCACUUUGCCAACUGCAGGGGAGAAGUAAAUAACUGUGAUAAUGGCGGAAAAAUGACUUGGGAAACAGGAAGACAGUUUUCAUGUCAGUGUUUGAAAUGUUAUGAAGGAGAACGCUGUGAAAACGUACGUACAGAGGCUCUUGGGAUGGAAGAUGGUGGUAUCCUUGAUAGUCAAAUCACGGCAUCCAGCAAUUGGAAUAAUAAUCAUCGUGGGGCUAAUGGAAGAUUAAAUUUCACGCCACAUAGUGGAAGAACUGGAGCCUGGUCUGCGUUGUCCAAUGAUAUUAAUCAGUGGCUACAAGUUAAUUUUCAACGUCUUGCACUCAUCGCAGGAAUCAGCACCCAAGGACGUUCUGAUUAUAAUCAAUUUGUCAGGAGUUACACCAUCUCUUUUAGCAAAACUGGAGGAUAUUUCACGUAUUAUACCCAAAGGGAAGCAACCAAGGAGUUCCAGGGUAACAGCGACCAGAAUACUAUUGUCCAUCGAAAGGUUAUUCCUCCUAUAUCUGCUCGGUUCGUUCGCCUUCAUCCGACCACGUGGCAAAAUCAUAUCUCGAUGAGAGUCGAAUUUUAUGGCUGUUUUUUGACGUAA